AUGGAACGAGUCGAUAUGGGAGACACGCCUGCGCCAGCCAUAAGUACGGGAGCAAUCUACAAGACGGCUGACCGAUUCAAAGAGGACAGCCCUGAAGCAGCAGGGUUGUUAACGAAAUCGAGCUAUGUGGACGAUCUGAUUGACUCGCAUACGACCGUAAGUUGCGCCUUCAAAGUCGCAGAAGAAGCAGAGAAUAUGCUUGCGAAAGGCGGGUUCUCAGUGAAAUGCUGGCAGCUGAGUGGAGAAGAAAGUCCUCGAAAGACGGCUCGUGGAGUCAAUACCGAGGAGUCUGGAAAACUCCUGAACAUGCUAAAAGGAACCGAGUCCAAUUUGCGAGUUCUUGGUUUUGGAUGGGAUCCUCGAAGUGAUUCCAUAUUGUACGAAAUCGUGUUAAACUUCAGCAAAAAGAAGCAUGGAGUGCGCACUGACCCAAAUCUGAAUGCAGACGACCUCCCAAAAGCGUUGCCCGAGAUCCUGACGAAGCGAAUUGUACUAGAGCAGGUGAUGAAGAUCAACGAUCCCCUAGGUCUUGUAUGUCCUUUCACAUUACGUGCGAAAGUAUACUUACGUAAGGUAUGGUCACGGAAGCUUGGCUGGGAUACUCCGCUCCCAGCUGACAUCACAGCCAAAUGGAUUCCAUUCUUCAUGACGUUGCUUACGACCCAAAGAUGCCGUCGGUCGCCAAUGGCUUAUAUAUCAUCCUUAGCGAUGGAAGUGAUCUGGCGUACGGGUAUGCUGCGUAUAUCAGAUGGUCCUUGCUAAAAGGAGAAUAGUGGUGUCAUUGAUCAUGGCGAAAUGCAGAAUUGCUCCACUCAAUAAACUGUCCACGCCGUAAAUUGAGUUGAAUGCUGCAGUGUUGUCGAAACGAGGAAGGAAAGUGAUUGAGUUGGAGAUGCGAUUUUAUUUCGAAAGGGUCUUGCAAUUGGUCGAUUCCGAAACAGUCCUGAGCAUGAUCAAUAAAACCAGCACUCGCUUCAAGGUGUACGAAGGAGUUAGAAUUUGCGCAAUCCAAGCUGCUACCAACGGUGAUCUCUCCUGCUGGGCUUGGAUGUCUGGUGAGAUAAUACGACAGAUUGGCUUACGCGUGGUCGUAAUCCGGAUGAAUUGGCUGAAGAUUCUGAAUGGUGGAAUGGACCUCCUAUCCUGUAUCAACCCAUCGAGUCGUGGGGUUUAAAGUUUGGACUGCAAAAGAACGAAGCUCUUCCCGGAGAAAAGAAAAUCCGUUACAAUGCGACAGCUGUUUCCGAGAUCCCGGAUAUCGAUUACAAGAAGUCAAGUAACGUAGACAGGAUCAUAUGGAUGUUAGCAAGAAUUCUAAGCAUGGCCAGACACAAGUCAUUCCGUGAAGGAAGCACCUUACACAUUACGUCUCAACUGCUCAAAGAUGCUGAUGUUCUGGUGGUGAAAGAUGUACAGAAAGAGCAAAAUGAUGAAAUUGAGAAAAUGGAUCAGAAGGGCAGUCGUUACGCGUCUUUGAAUCCCGGAAAGGAUGAGCAUGGUUAUUACGUGGUCGGGCAACGUUUGAAAAAUAACAAUCCCAUGACCCCUGAUGCGUCGUUGCAAAAGUUGCUCCCAACCCACCACCCAGUCACGCGAUUGUUCAUGGAACGUGCUCAUAAGCAACGCGUGCAUAGAGGACGGGAUUCCACUUUGGCUCGUUUUAGACAGAAGUACUGGAUCGCACAAGGAAGCAAGAUCGCACAGACCGUCAAAAGCAAGUGUUAGUUAUGCAAGCUUCGUGAUGCAAUAUUGGGAGAACAAGAUAUGGGACGGUUGCCAGAAGCACGGCUCAAACCAGCACCCCCGUUCACCUACACCAUGGUGGAUUUAUUUGGUCCAUAUGUUGUUCGCGGUGAAGUCCAGAAACGUACCAGUGGAAAAGCGUAUGGGGUCAUUUUUACUGACUUGGUGUCCCGAGCGGUUCAUAUUGAAGCAGUUUACGGUUACGAGACAAGCUUCUUUCUCCUGGCUCUCAGCCGAUUUGCACGUAUCCGCGGAUGGCCUGAAUUCAUCUACAGUGAUCCUGGUUCACAGUUAAUCGGAGCAGAAAGAGAGCUUAAAGAAGCUUGGGAAAAGAUCGAUCGAAGCGAGUUACACAAGAGUGGUCUACAAAAUGGUCUAACGUGGCAAUUUGGAUCAUCAGAUAGUCCUUGGUAUCAAGGAGCAGUGGAGUCUCUUGUGAAAGCAGACAAGAGAGCAAUUGUCUUUGCGGUUGGUAAACGUCGUCUUACGGUGCCCGAGUUCCUGACGGUGUGCCCUGAAGCUGCGAAUCUACUCAACGAGAGGUCAAUUGGAACAUUGCCUUCCCUCGAUUCUGAUCUAAACGUGUUUACUCCGAAUAGUCGCCUGUUAGGACGCUCGACAGUCAAUAAUCCUCGAGGUAGGCAACCUUUCACGUACAGCCAGAGUCCGAAGACGAGAUACAGCCUGGUGCAAACAGCCGUAGAAGAUUUCUGGGAAAAGUGGAUACAACUAUAUGCCCUCUCUCUAGUUGUCCGUCGUAAAUGGCAUGUCAACACAAGAAAUUUACGUCCCGGUGACGUCGUUAUGAUCGCGGACAAGAAUGUGAUGCGGGGAGAAUACCAUUUCGGAGUUGUUAAAGAAGUCUUUCCUGAUCAGGAUGGAUAA